AUGCUGAGGAGCCGCGUGGGCUCCAGGCUGCCCUCCAGCCCCCACGGCAGCCAGCAAGACACGGGGAGGCUGCAGGGAGGAAGGAAGGUCUGGGGGCUGCUGAAGGGCAGGGACGAUGAUGGGGAUGCACCCUCUCUAGCCCCUCCGCGUGGCCUCACCGCUCCCUUGCACCCUGCAGGUGUGGGCUUUGCCACGAGGCAGGUGGCGGGCCUCACCAAACCCACCACCAUCAUCGAAGUGAGCGGCGACAAGAUCACCCUGAAGACCCAGAGCACCUUCAAAAACACAGAGAUCAGCUUCAAGCUGGGCGAGGAGUUUGAUGAGACCACUGCUGAUGACAGGCACGUCAAGUCUGUGGUCACACUGGAUGGAGGCAAACUCGUCCACGUGCAGAAGUGGGAAGGAAAGGAGACAUCGCUAGUGCGAGAGCUGAAGGAUGGGAAGUUAAUUCUGACUCUCACCCUGGGCAGCGUCGUCUCCACCCGUACCUACGAGAAGGCGACAUAGAGGCCGUUCCCCCAGCUCCCUGCCUGUCACCCGGUGCCGAGCUCAUCACCGACUUGCCUCUGUCCUCUCCUCGGCGGCAGUUUGUACGCGCCUCACGUUGAUGGCAGAGCCCUCCGAACCUGUUGGAGCCGUCUGCUGCCCUGAUCCCUGUUGUCUUGUUGGGGUUUGGGUUGUGGUUGUGGUUGUGGUUGUUGUUUUUUAAUAACAGAAGAGCCCAUGUGGGAA